AUGUGGUACAAUCUCUCACAUGAAAAGAAAAUCUCUGCAAUCUUCUUGACUGUAAUAUAUGUGUUUUGCACAAAUGUCUGUUGUGAAGAUGAUGACGUUGUUCUGACCAAAGAUGGCAAAGUAAGAGGGAUUCAGAUACCAGUGUUUUCUAAAACAAUCACAGCAUUCUUUGGAAUACCUUACGCAGAACCCCCAGUUGGAUCUCUGAGAUUUAAAAGACCAGAACCCAUCAAAUCUUGGACUGCAGUAUGGAAUGCCACAAAAUAUGGAAAUUCAUGUUAUCAGUAUGUGGACCAAACAUUCCCUGGUUUUUCUGGUGCUGAAAUGUGGAGUCCUAACACUGAACUCAGUGAAGACUGUCUUUACCUUAAUAUAUGGAUACCUAGUCCAAAGCCAAGAAAUGCCAGUGUCAUGGUAUGGAUAUAUGGUGGUGGUUUUGAAACUGGAACAGCCUCUUUGGAUAUUUAUGAUGGAAAGUUUCUGGCCCGCAAUGAACGUGUCAUUGUUGUGUCACUUAACUACAGAGUGGGUGCAUUAGGAUUUAUAGCUUUCCCACAUAAUACUGAGGCUCCAGGGAAUGUCGGUUUGUUUGAUCAAAGAUUAGCUUUAAAGUGGGUCUAUGAGAAUAUUGCAGCAUUUGGUGGGAACCCCAAAAGCAUAACACUUUUUGGAGAAAGUGCUGGAGCAGGGUCAGUCAGUUAUCACCUGCUUUCUCCUAAAAGUCAUCCUUAUUUCACAAGAGCUAUUAUGCAAAGUGGGAGUGCUAAUGCCCCUUGGGGAGUUGUCGGUAGUACAGAAGCCCGCACUCGAGCACUUACAUUAGCAAACCUAUUAGGCUGUUCCUUCAGAAAUGAAACUGAAAUAAUUGCUUGUCUUCGGAGUAAGACUCCUCAAGAAAUAAUUGAAAAGUCAUUUUCUGUUCUAACACAGAGAUCAUUAAUAGAAAUUAAUUUUCCUCCAACAGUUGAUGGAGAUUUUCUCAUCGAUUUACCCAAGCAUUUGUUACAACUUGGACAGCUUAAAAAGAAUACACAAAUAUUAACAGGUGUUAAUAAAGAUGAGGGAUCAUAUUUCUUAGUGUAUCUACUACCUGGAUUUAGCAAGGAUCAUGAAAGUUUUAUAAAUCGGACUCAAUUCCAAGACAGUAUAAAAUUGGCUUUUCCAAAAGCCACUGAACUUGCAAUAGACUGUAUCCUUUUUCAUUACACAAACUGGGAAGAUGAACAAAAUCCCACUCACAAUCGGGAUGCCAUGGAUGAUAUUGUGGGAGAUUACAAUUUUAUAUGUCCUCUUCUGGAAUUCACAAAUAGAAAUUUUGAACUUGGAAACAAAGCUUAUUUGUACUUCUUCAGUCACAGAUCUUCCAAGAUGGCAUGGCCAAGCUGGAUGGGAGUAAUGCAUGGGUAUGAGAUUGAAUUUGUAUUUGGAAUCCCAAUGCACAGACGACUUAAUUAUACAAAAGAGGAAGAAAUUUUGAGCAAAAACAUAAUGAGAUACUGGGCAAACUUUGCAAAAACUGGGUAA